AUCAGCAGCUCCGCCCAAAUGGACACAGCCGCGUCACGGUCCUGCUAGCCAAUCCGGACGGAGCCCCCAUGUCCCCCUCUCAAAGUUUGGACUUGGACCUACUAGGCGGCCGGACCAGAUGAUCCGGUUCAUUAUCUCCCAACUUCUUGAAGUCAGCGGAAAACCGCGUGGUGGUCCUGGUUCUGAAGGAGACCUGGAUCCUGUCUGGACCGCUCUGGGCUGAGAUGGGAUUCGGAUGUGCGUCCGGAGCAGAGCGCCCUGAGCUUUAGUUGUGCUGCGGACCGAGCCCCCAGAGAGCGGCUGCCGAGCCCCGGAGCCCGCACAGAGGUGAUGUUAGCGGUGGGCCCGAUGGACGGGUCCAGACAGAGCGCCUUCCUCCUCAGCACGCCGCCGCUGGCCGCUCUGCACAGCAUGACCGAGAUGAAGACCCCGCUGUACCCGGCCUACCCGCUCUCCUCCGGCGGCCCCGCCUCCUCCACCUCCCCGACCACCACCUCUCCCAACCCGGGGGGCAUGGCGGUGUCCUCCCCGGGCAUCAAGAGUGCCACGGGGCUGUCGUCGGGGCUGGGCUCCCCGCAGCAGUGCUCCUCCGCCACCCCGCACGGGAUUAACGACAUCCUCAACCGGCCGUCCGCGUCCUGCGCGGGCGCCACGGCAGCCGUGUCCGCCGCCGCGUCCUCCUCGGCGGGGCUCCUGUCUGGGCUGCCCCGCUUCAGCAGCCUCAGCCCCCCGCCGCCUCCCGGACUUUACUUCAGCCCCAGCGCCGCGGCCGUGGCCGUGGCCCGGUACCCGAAGCCUCUGGCGGAGCUGCCGGGCCGGACGCCCAUCUUUUGGCCGGGAGUGAUGCAGAGCCCGCACUGGAGGGACGCCAGGUUCGCGUGUUCGCCCCAUCAGAACUCCGUGCUGCUGGACAAGGACGGGAAGAGAAAACACACGCGGCCCACGUUCUCUGGGCAGCAGAUUUUUGCGCUGGAAAAGACUUUUGAACAGACCAAGUACCUGGCGGGUCCGGAGCGCGCGCGCCUGGCCUACUCCCUGGGCAUGACGGAGAGCCAGGUCAAGGUGUGGUUCCAGAACAGAAGAACCAAGUGGAGGAAGAAACACGCCGCGGAGAUGGCAUCUGCCAAGAAGAAGCAGGACUCGGAGACGGAGCGACUGAAAGGAACCUCCGACAACGAAGACGACGACGACGACUACAACAAACCUCUGGACCCGAACUCGGACGACGAGAAGAUCACGCAGCUGCUGAAGAAACACAAACCGGGCUCGGCGCUGCUCCUGCACACGUCGGAGAACGACAGCUCGUAACUGACUCUGGUUCUGUGGGCCGCGAGAGCGAACUCAGGCGAACUCUGGCGGCAGAACACGCGUCGCUCCACUUCUUUUCCCAACAGAUGUUUUUGUUCCUUGUUUAUUUUUUGCACGGUGAUGGAGCAGACGAAAGGACCCCCUCACGGCCUGAACCGAACAAAUCCCGACCCACACGGUACUUGUGUGUAAAUAGAAGCGUAGAGGGGUCUGCUGUGAAUAACGUAUGUGUUUUUGUACAGACGCUCGGAUCAGCUGUUUUUUUAAUCAAACACACAUCGUGAAAAUCAACAUCUGCUCCCGCUGCGGGGCCGUGAAGGACACGCACACGCGCACACAUCUGUAUUAACCUGCAGAAAUCUCUGCUCACACACAUUUUUAUUUAUGUCUGAAGUUGUGAGUGAAGCCUGCGGCAGCUUCAUGUGAUGCACUUUUAUUUAAUAAAACGUUUGCUUGUUGUUUUCA